UUAGAUAUAUAACAUAGUAGAUCACCGAGAUUGCAAUCUCCUUGGAUGUUGAUGAUUUGGUUCCUUGAUCGACUCAUACAAAAAUCAAUCAUUAAGUAAUGAUGACAAAUCAUCAAAUCAUGCACCAUGAUCGAGCUAACUUAUGGUGGUUAUGGCUAUAGAGAACCGAAACAAUGCUGAUAGCUCGCACCAUCGCACCUCUUAUCAAAGAUGAAAACAAGCAAUAUGCAUCUAUAACUUGAAUCCUAUCCAUAAUUGGACUAAUAAUAGCCAAAAAUGUUCUAGAAAGACAGAUUACGACGACGAAGACGGAAACGAGUUAUUUGCCAGCUAUACUAUACUAUACUAUACAUUUGAGCAUGAAGAGGACUUCCACUGUCUUUGGUCAAACAACGGAGACAGCCACACCCUUCUUCUUCACGUCCGCGGACCAUUGGUGCCUUCUUUAAAGGCGUUCAAUUCUUUGACUGACCUCAGCCUUAGAGUUCAAGCCAAUAAUGGCGUCAAGGUCUCCGCUACCACCCAGGUUUAGUCUCGACAAGAAUCAUCGGUCCCAUGUGCAGGGACGAAGAAUCGAAUCAGUGAUCUCUUCUCGUAUCGGACGUCAUGUUUUGAUCUCCAAGUCGCAUCACACGGAAAGCAAUCCCAUCACUGCCCGGUCAAAGGUGGAAGAGACAGCACCGACCUCGCCAAAUUUCCAAAAGCCACUUUCGUGCUACCUUCCGAAGACCCAAAGACACGCCGUAUUCCUUGUUGGGAAGGCCACUUUAGCUAAAGCCGAAGAACGCUGUACUCCAUGUCUCCACCUCCUCUUGCUUCCUCCGAUCUCUGUGGCAAGAGCCAAAUGCAUCCAGGCUUAGGAUCUCCUAUUCCAUCUAUCCUUUUACUCCUCGCCCUGUCAUCGACUCCACCUUCUUCCUCGGAGAGCUACUAUCGGUAUGCGGAUUGUGCUCCCUACACAUACUCUUGCGGAGGCACUAAGAUCAACAUCAGCUACCCGUUUCGCGUCGACGGACGUGCCGACUACUGUGGCUACCCGGGAUACUAUGUCUCUUGCAGCAAGAACAAUACUUCCAUGACGAUCGAGAUCGACGGCAAGGGAUACGUCGUCAAGGAUAUAGAUUACUUGAACCGCCUCAUUACCGUCGUCGACCCACCCUUCGUCAACCAGUCGUGCCCUCAGCCGUACCAAAACACCAGCCUCGACUUCUCGAUGUACAGCUACAGCGACCGGGACGUGAACGUCACGGUGUUCGUCAACUGCACCGCCCUCUCACCUCCGAUUCUCGACGUGCCUGACAUGGGUUGCGCACCGGGCGGCGCCAGGGGUCGUCACGGGUAUUACCAGCUUACCGGUAAGACCCACAUAGAGAUCCUUGGAAACUGCAGCUCGAUGGUAGUGGUGCCCAUACACCAAUCAGCGGCGGUCGAGAUCGAGAACGGGAAGCUGAGGUUUAGCGACGCAGUGAAGAGGGGGUUCUCGCUACGUUGGGAGGCAGGGGAGGGGUGGUGUCGUGACUGCGUCGAGUCAGGUGGGCGCUGCGGGUUUGCCGGGCUCUCUCCGGAGAGCCACACCUGCUUCUGCCCACAUAAUUCAACCGUUGGAACAUGUUAUCCUUCUAAUAAAGAACGUGUUGGUCAUCAGAAGAAAGCAAAGAUAAAGGGGAUCAUAAUAGGUGUUUCUGCAGCAACUUGUUUCUUUCUCCUACUUUGCACUUGUUAUCGCUUCUACAGGCACAAAAAGAAGCGACAAUUCCCCCCAUCCUCCAAAUCCCUUUCUCAAAGUGCCAGUUUGAAGCCAUCCUUGAUGGAUCCUGAAAUGGACAGUGCCCUUUUGCAGACUCAUGUCUUCUCGUAUGCUGAACUAGAGGAGGCCACCAACAAGUUUGAUGCCUCUGAUAAACUUGGUGAUGGAGGCUUUUGCACUGUUUAUAAAGGUAAGCUUCAAGAUGGACGUACUGUUGCAGUCAAGCGACUAUACGAGAACAACUACAGGCGGGUUGAACAGUUCAUGAAUGAGAUACAGAUCCUAUCACGCCUCCGUCAUCAGAGACUUGUUAUCCUCUAUGGCUGCACGUCUCACCAAAGUCGGGAGCUCCUUCUCGUGUACGAGUUUGUGUCAAAUGGCACUUUGGCGCAUCACCUCCAUGGUUCCGGGGCAAGUCAAUGCAUCCUCACAUGGCCAAUGCGUCUGAGAAUUGCCAUUGAGACAGCUGAUGCACUUGCCUACCUCCAUGCAGUCAACCCACCAGUCAUACACCGAGAUGUCAAAACUAAUAACAUUUUACUUGAUAGCAACUUUCAUGUCAAAGUUGCAGAUUUUGGGCUUUCACGUCUCAUCCCCAAGGAUGUCACACAUAUCUCUACUGCUCCACAGGGCACACCAGGAUACUUGGACCCUGAGUACCAUCAGUGCUUCCAGCUCACCGACAAGAGUGAUGUUUACAGCUUUGGAGUUGUACUAUUCGAACUUAUAACCUCCAAGCCUGCUGUCGACAUGACUCGGAACCGGAGCGAGAUCAAUUUGGCUAACAUGGCAAUAACCAGAAUCCAGAAAGGCGAACUUGAGCAAUUGGUGGACGCUGCCCUAGGGUAUCAAUCGGAUGAGGUUACAAGGAAGAUGAUCACCAUGGUGGCAGAAGUGGCAUUCAGGUGUUUGCAACCAGAUGGGGACAUGAGGCCACCCAUAAAGGAGGUCCUCGAGGUGUUGCAAGCAAUAGAGAGCGAUGGGAACAGACCAGAGAAGAAGGAACAUGGUGUUGCUGAGAGUCGAGAUGAUGCUGAGUUGCUGAAGAAUACCGAACCAUUCUCUCCUGAUUCGGUCAUGAACAGGUGGACCAGUAGGUCUACGACACCGCAAGCUAGUGAAUGAUAGUAAGAUUAUGUUGUUUCUUCUUUAAAUUUGCACAGGGCAAUCAAAAUGCCCACUGUCAGCAUAUACAACCUUCUAUUUUCAAGGUCCAGGUUUCUCUAAUGAGUUUGAUCGAGGAAAUGUACAUAGCAGAAAAGAUUUCUGAUCUUUGAUUCACAUAUUUUCAUGCAGCUCCUGUGAGCAUGCUGUUACAGUAAGCUUCUUAGUGUAAGAGCUUCUAUUUUCUCUAUUAAUUAUAUCUUUAAUUCAGUAGGAA